AUGAUUGGAAAUCAAUCUGCGUCGAAAUCUGGAGACGCCGCUUUGAAAAAUAUGCCCCUGGUACAAAAUGAGAGAUCUAUGUUUAAGAUACCAGAAGUACCCAAAAAGAAACCUGUGAAAAAGGCUCAAAUCCUAGACGAAGAAGAUUAUGUGGAGGGUAUAUCAAAAAUUAUUCAAAGAGACUUUUUCCCUGAUUUGGAGAAAUUGAAGGCACAGAAUGAUUUUUUAGAAGCAACUGAAAGUAAAGACUAUGCCCGACUGCGAGAAAUUACCAGAAAAUACAGUGGAAGGAGACCAGCCACAGAACCAUAUGAUUCACCUGCAACAUUUGACACACCAGGAGUAGAUAGACCUCCAUCUCCAUCUGAUGGAGUUUUGGGAACUAGCUCUGUUAAGGAAAAAUCCAAAGACUUUACGGAUAAGCAUUCAUUGGAUUCAUUUCUUGCAAAUCAUACAAGUGAGGAUAAUGCGAGCUACGACCGUGUAAUUGCUUUGGAAUAUAAGAAAAGAGCAUCAAAAUUGGCUUCACAAUUUGAGGCAGAGGUGACGUCGGCAGCUAUUGCAGAUUCUGCUCUUAUGUUGCCUUCUAUAGAACAGCAGGCUGACCAAUUGAACAGACCACAUGAGUUGGAUACAUGGAAAUAUCGAGCUAGAAACUAUAUAAUGUACAUUCCUGAUGGUGCAGAGUCUCAAGCCCCAAGCCCUAAGCCAGUACUUCAGCAUCAUAACACCAGAUUGCAAGUACAGCCAUUCGAUUAUGCUAAGAAUAAGGAAGCUAUCAGCGCAAUAGCUAAAUCACAGGAAUCUAUAGAUAAAGGCAAGAUAGGAGUAGAUGGGGUUAGCAUUUCAGGAGAGAAAGCUCCCACUGCGUACGAGUUGCUUGCGACCCCUUCGCCGAGACCGGGUGCCGGUCCUGACCAAUCGCCGCUUAUGACCUGGGGAGAGAUCGAAGGUACUCCCUUCAGGCUUGACGGAGGGGAUACACCACUACCCGCGUCUUUGCACCAUAUUUUCGGUGUGCCCAACAAAUCCCAAGGUCCUGAUGGCGUCUUCGAUCUCGAUCGCGAUUGGUUCCUACUGCGAGAUCUUCCUCUCGGCUCUCGAUUCUUUCUCAGUUCGCUCCAAUGA